UCUUGGCUCUUUCCUAAGACUUGCCCUAAACCUGGUACCGCCUUGAAGGCGGGGCUGGUUCCCAGCCUGGCCAAUGGCUCCCAGGGUGAGGGUUGAGGGGUGGGAGGUGCCUGCCGGCGGACGGUGCAGGAUUGUUCCCUCGUGAGUGCUGGGAUACCAGGUGGUCAUGGAGGUGGUCUCUCUCGAAGAGCUGGACGAAGAGGAGCAGCUGGUGAGAAGGCAUCGCAAGGAGAAGAAGGAGUUGCAAGCCAAAAUUCAAGGUAUGAAGAAUGCUGUUCCCAAGAAUGACAAAAAGAGGAGGAAGCAACUCACUGAAGAUGUUGCUAAGUUGGAAGCAGAAAUGGAAAAGAAACAUAAAGAGGAACUGGAGCAACUGAAGCUGACUUCUAAGGAGAGUAAAAGAGAUUUUGAUGCUGUUAACAUUUCAAACUUGGUUCUUGAGAAUCAUCCGCCUCGGAUAUCACGAGCCCAGAAGAGACGGGACAGAAAAGCUGCACUGGAAAAGGAGCAGAAAGAAAGGAUCGCAGAGGCUGAACUUGAGAACUUACAUGGAGCCAGACAUGUAGAAGGUGAAAAACUCGCUCAGAUACUGGCGGCUCGAGAGCUGGAGAUCAAACAGGUGCCGUCGGAUGGCCACUGCAUGUACAGAGCCAUCGAAGACCAGCUGCAGGAGCGGGAGAGCCCUCUGACUGUCGCUGCCUUAAGGAGCCGAACUGCUGAAUACAUGCAAAGCCACAUGGAAGACUUUCUGCCCUUUUUAACAAACCCUAAUACAGGAGAUAUGUACACACCAGAAGAGUUUGGAAAGUACUGUGAUGAUAUUGUAAACACAGCUGCAUGGGGAGGUCAGCUUGAGCUAAGAGCCCUGUCUCAUAUUUUACAAACACCAAUAGAGAUAAUACAGGCAGAUUCUCCUCCUAUUGUAGUUGGUGAAGAAUAUCCAAAAAAACCAUUAAUACUUGUAUAUAUGAGACAUGCAUAUGGCUUAGGAGAACAUUACAAUUCUGUUACAUGGUUGGUGAACAGAGCUACUGAAAAUUGCAGCUAGUUUACAAAAUGUUGCACAAUUGUGUUUUAGUACAGUGUGCUGAUAUGAGUAUUCAUACCAAGUGCUGGAUUGUUCUAAACAUUACUGAAAAACACAACUACCUUAAAUCAGUUUUAUGGCAAAGCUGCUAACAAGUUUUUUUUACAAGAUGUCAGAGAUAAACUUUAACCAGUGUCACCAUGGUGGUAUUUUAAAAACACUUGUAAGUGCAUUGUGGAGAACAUCAUUUGUAGACCAAGAUGCAACCCUAUUUGCUUAUAUUUUUAUUAAUAUAGGAUCCUGAACAUUCUGUUGAAAUAAAUCUUAAAUGUUUAACUAAAAGCUUUCAGUAACCAUAUCAAUGUAAUUUUUCUUGAAGGAAUGAGAUGAAUCAAUUUCCUUGUCAUUGCAGUAAUAUGGGGAUGGUGAUAGCAAAUUUAAUCAUGCUUAAACAUGAACUUGAUUGACCUUGGCUGGGUGGCUCAGUUGGUUAGAGCAUCAUCCCAAAUGCCAAGGUUGCAUGUUUGAAUCCUGGUUGGGGCACAUACAAGAAGCAGUCUGUGAAUGUGCAAAUAAGUGGGACAAUAAAUCGAUGUUCUUCUCUUCCUCCUCUCUCUAAAACCAAUAAAUAAGAAUAAGUAAAUAAUAAACUUGAUUGCAGUAACCUUGGUGUAGAUGGGAUUACUGCUGUGAAGCUUUUUUAUAACCCUACCAAAGUGAAGCUAAGAAGCUUGUUUUAAUGAUUUUAAUGAUUUUAAUGUUUUUCCCUAGCUGAGAAUCAGUUGUUAACCUUUAUGAAAUGAGACAAAUUCAAAGGUAAAUAGGUGUUUCCUAUCAGAUUUAAACCUCCUAAGAAUUGCGUAUUAGCCUUUUAUUUGUGUGUAAUUUAAAAAGACUCAACAGAUUAACGUCUAAUUCAUUUGUUACUACUUGCUGUUUCCUAAGCAGAGUGCAAUUAAUAUCAUCAUUUCUUGUUUAAAAAUUUUCUUAAAAAUCAUUUUUUAUUUUCAGUUAUAGUUGACAUACAUUGUCAUUAGAUGCAGGUGUACACCCCGGUGAUUAGGCAUUGUAUAACUCAGUGAGUGAUCAUCCACUAAAUCUCUCACCCAUCUGACACCAUUCAUAGUUAUGAGGUUAUUACUGACUGUAUUCCUGAUGCUGUACUUCACAUCCCCAUGACUGCUCUGUAACAAACAAUUUGUACUUAAUCCUUUCACCUUUUUUGCCCAUCUCCUAACGCCCCUCCCAUCUGGCACCCAUCAAAAUGUUCUUUGUAUCUACGGUUCUGUUUCUGUUCUGCUUGUUCAUUUAUUUUAUUUUUUACAUUCAGUUAUUGAUAUGUAUUAAUUGCCCUUUUUUUUUUUCAAAAUUUUGAUCUUAAAGAAGAUGCUUUAACAUUUUUGUGUAACACUGGUUGGUGGUGAUGAACUCCUUUAGUUUUUUCUUGGCUGGGGAGCUCUUGAUCUGUCCUUUAAUUCUGAAUGACAGCUUUGCUAGGUACAGUGAUCUUGGUUGUAGGGUCUUGCUUGACAGUCUUAUGGACAUUCCCCUGUAGGUGACUAACUGCUUUUCUCUUGCGUGUUCUAUAAUCCACAGUCUGAGUUUUCUUAGGGGUCUGAAAUUUAUAAAAUAAUGAAAUUUUAAAAUACUAAAUACCUUGGCUUUAUUUUGAAGUAAUCUGUUACUUUAAAAGAUAAGUAUUAUGAAGUAAUAAAACAAGGUAUUAUGAAACCUAGUAAUUAUAAAUUUCAUCUAUAUUUAAAGUAUUGGAAAAUACUUUAUUAGCAGUUAUUUUUUUGCCUAACAAGUGGCAUUUUCUUGAUUAUAGGUUUAUUUUUUAUUUUUAAUUUUUAAAUGGUCAAUAUUGUUAUGAAUAAUAUUUAUAUGGGUGUCUUCUGUUCUUUCAUAGAACUUCAGAUAAAAGUGAUUUUAGUUGUAAUCUAAAACUGCAGUCUUUAAAAAGUGGCAGAUGUUAAUUUAAAAGCAGACAUACUAGUUCAGUUUGCUCUGUGAUGAUUUCAUAAGCUUUCUUUUCAUAAGCUUUCCUUUUUGUCAUAACUCAAAAAGAAUGUUGGAGUUCUGGAAUAUGUGUUAAGCCAACAAUUUUAUCCAGUUAAAUAUGUUUACAACUUGUAUUAAGCAAAAAAAAAAAAAAAGUAUGUAUAACUAUAGUGAACAAUAUUGUUUUGUUCAUAUUAUCUGUUUGCCAAAAUAAGAAUAAAAGAUGAAUUAA